CCAACCCAAUCAAACUCUAUAUAAAGAAACCCAAAACAAACACCUUCCUCACCGCUUAAACCAUUUUUUCUAGCCUACAGAAAAAGUUAUCCACAAUGAAGAGAGAAGGACGCCAACAUGGUAUGGUAAGAACCUGUAGAAUCUUGCCAUCUCCAUGGAAUCCAAGGCCUGAUUCAAGAUUCAUCAACCGCUUUGACUCUCCACCCACCGCCGGAUUAUUCACCAAGGUCCUCCCGAGACCCACCAACCACUCCAAGUUCACAGGGAAGUGCGGCAAGCCAAGGUGUAACGGGUGUCAUAUGCACCCAUCCUGCAAGUCUAAAGACAAAACUAAAGGUACCCAGAAGUUAAAGUCACACGAUGUUUUGUCUAAUUAUAGGUUGAUGUCUUGGCGGGUUGUUGAUGGCAAACCUGGUUUGAACUUUUCUGGGUUUUCUGCCUCUCGUAUUUUGGAUCAUAUGGAUGAUGAUGAGCGGUAUGUUGAUGACGAUGAUUAUGAAGAAACUAUUGCUGCUAAUGUUGAUGACGGCGAUGAUGAUGAUAUUGAUGAUGGUGAUGAUACGAGUUACUGUGAUGUGGGUUUCCUGUUGGAUCAAGUUGAAGGAGAUGAAGAUUGGUGUUUGGUGGCAGAAUUGUGAAUCCGCUAAUUGCUAAUCUUAAUCACCACUGCAACUAUUGUUUUAAUUAUUAUCUUAAAUUAAUCUACUUAAUUACUGUCAAAUGACUUCUAUAAUUUGUAAUGUUGGUGAUCCUUUGGAGGUUGAAUUUUUCAAUUGCUUCCUCACGACUCACAUGUGUGUUAAUUAAUUCAAUAAAGUAUGUAUGUGAAUUUCAGCUCUA